AUGACUCCCCCCGCGAGCUGGUCCAUUCCCAGCGGAGGGGAGGAUUCGGGGGGAAUUGGCGGAGGGGGGAACGGCGGAGAAAUAAUGGGCGGAGACACGCUUGGCGGAGAUCACAGCAGCAGCGGUAUUGGCAGCAGCAGCCGGCGCAACGGGCGGGAUUAUCCGAGCUCCUGCCAUUCUAGGUCAGCCGCGUCAAGCCCUGUAAUGGAUUCCGUUUUUGGGCUCGGGAAGGAGAGCAGCGGACGGCGGGCGUCUUUCGAGGAAGGCGCGGAGGCUUACGUGGCAAAGUCUCGUCGUGAAUUUCCGAAAAGUUCGGUCAGCCCACAUCGCCGCGCGUCUGUCGACGCGUCGGAUUUCGUCAAUUUCGCCGGCGAAUCAGGAGGGCGAAGGCGGACUAAUCACGUGACCGAUGACUUCGAUCCAAGCCAAUCCGGUACUCGCUCGGCUGAACUACUACCGCAUCCGCCGUCCUUUGAAAAUCUUGUUGAAAAAGACACGCAGUCAGUCGACUCGCGCGACGCGCCCAUCUCUCUCCGCGAAAUUUCCGCCGCCGGCGGUGACGCCAGCACUUCCGUUACCUUCCACAGCCCUGCGGAAUCUUCGGCGGUAUCGCCAGCGCGAUCUCCGGCGCGAUCCCCGGCGCUAUCUCCGGCGGGAUCCUCGGGCACAGCAUCGCCAGUAACCAGCUCCCCGGGUCGGAAAAACGUAUUUAAUUACUCUGCCGUGAAAUUUUCGUCCGAUGGCGCGAAGAGGGAGGGUGUAACCCCUUCCGAGCAUAGGGUUACCAGACGCAGCCAACAGGUAGCAGGCGAGCGCGCGGAUAGCGCAUCCGCAACCGACAGAAAGCCAAUAGGCGGAGAAAUUCCCGCUUGGCUUCCCAGCGGGGGGGUGAAGCAGGCGGAGCGCGAUCUCUGGGGGCCGCCGCGCGGGGGAAGCGGAAGCAGGGGCGGAGGGGGGAGCGCGGGGGGGGUUCCUCUUGCCUUCUCCGUCUCCCCGCGCGGCUCCCCGCGCGGCUCGCCGCUCGGCUCGCCGCUGCGACCAGAGAAGCGGCUCGUGUCUUAUGCGUCGCUGGAUCCGCCUGGCUCUUUUAGGAGCCGAGGAGGUAAGGACGGUCUAGACUGGUUGGAGGAGAUUAAGAAGGGAGAGGGGGAAGGGGGCGGUGAUGGCGGAAGUGGCGGAACUGGCGGAGGUGGCGGAGGGAGCAGUAGGGGCAGUGGGGGAGGCAGGGGAGGGGAGAUGCGGGCGGACGGGGGAGAGGCUGGGGCGGAGAGCAGGCGGGUUGCGUUUGCCUCCAUAAGUGGCGGCGCUGGCGGUGGUGGUAGCUUCGGAAGAAUCGGGGGAGGCGGGGGGGGAGGCGGAGGGUUCGGGGGAGCGGGCUCUGGUGCGAGGGGCGCUAGCGCGCAUGGCAUGGGGGGCGGCGCAGGCUUCCCUUUCCCCGCGCGCCCCCGUAGCUCCCCCCUGGGGAACAAGCUCAUGUCCUAUUCCUCUCUGGACCGCCCCUCUAGGCCCGCGGAGGGGGAAGCAGGCGCGGAGGGGGACGCGGGGAGCGUGAGCUGGCGUCAGCUGGUGGCGCAACUGAAGGAGGAGAAGGAGGGGGGGGAGAGGGAGGAGGGGAGUGACCGGGAGGAACGAGAUCGCAGGGGCAGUAGGGAGGGUAGUAGCACCCGUGGUGGUAUUGGUGGUGGUGAUGGUGGUGCUGCUGCUGCUGGUGCUGGUGGUGGCAUGGAGGUAGCAGCGGUUAGUGCUCGCCCGAAGCCUAGGCACCGGCGAGGCGCAUCAGUCCAUUCCUUUUCUCCCGUCGACUUCUCCAGCAGCGACACGCCCUUUAGCUCUCUGCAGCAGCAGGCUGCUACCGGGACAGCUCGUAACGCGGAUCUCUAUGGCAGUGCUGCUGGUGCCAGUGGCAGCAGUAGGCUAUCUGCUGCUGGUGGUGGUGCUUCUGCCGCUGCUGGUGCUGGUGCCGGUUCUGGUUCUGCUUGUCCCAAGCCAAGGCACAGGCGAGGAUCCUCCCUCCACGCCUUUCCCCCACUUGAUACCACAAGUAGCGAAUCUAUUUUUGACUCGGUCCAACGGGCAGCUGAAAAAGAAGCGGAUCGUUCUGGGGACCUUUACGCCCCAGUCAACGCCAGGCCGGUCACUGCCAGAGACGUUUCCGGGCAGUUUGACGGGUAUUGGGGCAGCGAAGAUACGGAUGUGGGGUCGUUUAGAGAAAAAGAGGAGUUACCCAAAGGAAGGCUGCAUAGGCCCAUCCGCCCGUCAGACUACAUAUUGAAGAAGCCAUACAAGGACCUGGCGGCGCGCUACGUGCUGCACAAGGAGGAGCUGGGCAGAGGCGAGUACGGUGUGAUACGGAAGUGCUUGGAGAUUUCGACCGGCCAUGUGCUCGCCUGCAAGACCAUCAAGAAGGCCCGCAUCAAGAGCCAAGAGGCAGCAGACGACAUUAGAAUGGAGGUCGCUAGCAUGCUUGUACUGAAGGGGCACCCCUAUAUAGUCACACUCCACGAUGCAGUCGAAGAUUCAAAGUACGUGCAUUUAGUGAUGGAGUUCUGUCGUGGGGGCGAUCUAUUCGACAGAAUCACCAAGGGCGGAGUGUAUUCGGAGACGCUCGGUGCCCACCUAUGCCGAGCAAUCACAGAGGCACUGCUGCACUGCCACCGCCACGGGGUGAUUCACCGGGACAUCAAGCCCGAGAACAUCUUACUUGUGGAACCUGGGAGCGAUACUCGCAUCAAACUCGUUGACUUUGGAGUAGCGACCUUCUUCCAGGAAGGCGUUUUGCUCCACGACACCAUCGGCACGCCUGAGUACAUGGCGCCAGAGGUGUGGGACGGGAGCUAUGGCCCUGCAGUGGACGUGUGGAGCACGGGAGUCGUCAUGUACAUUGCCAUGUCGGGAGUGCCGCCCUUCUGGGCAGCAUCCAAGCAGUCCGUGCAGGAGGCUGUUGCCACCCGCGAGGCGAGCUUCCGGUCGGCGAAGUGGGCGCAUGUUUCGGACGAGUGCAAGCAUCUGAUUGGCCGAAUGCUUGCGAAGAAGCCGCAGGAGCGAAUCACGUGCCUUCAGAUUCUUGGGCAUCCAUGGAUACGCAUGCAUUCGUUCUCUUUCGUAGUUACCACGUCAUCACUGUUCCACUCGCCUCCUGAUUUGAUUCUCGACAAGCUCUACUUGGGAAAUCUGAAUUCAGCUUCCGACAAGGAAUUAUUGGAUGGCCUUGGCAUUAAGAGCAUUCUGACGAUAGCGUCCAACGUAGGCCCUCCUAAAUUCCCUGGCGCAUUCAAGUACACUGAGGUGUCGAUCAUCGACUCGUCUCAUGUAAACAUAGCUGCACACUUCGAGCUGUGCUUCAAAGCUAUUGACGAAGGGAUCAGAUCAGGCGGCAUCCUUGUUCAUUGUGUAGCAGGCAUGUCCAGAAGUGCAACAGUGGUCAUAGCGUACUUGAUGGCAAGGAAAGGGAUCAGUUUUCAAGAAGCCUUUGCCCACGUCAAGAGGUGCCGACCGAUUGCACAACCUAAUUAUGGCUUCAUGAGGCAACUUGAAAAGUUUGAAGCCUAUCUUCGUUCAGAGAGGGACAGGGCUGUAUCCGUCAAGGCGUGA